AUGGCGACGAGGAGCACGGCGGUGAGGGCUGUCCCGCUGUGCCUGUGGCUCGCGCUCGGCGUGGCCACCCUAACGCUGCCCCAGGCACAUGCAGCAGAGGCAGACGCGGACCUCACCAAGAUCACCAGCAAGGUCUUCUUCGACAUCCAGAUCGACGGCAAGCCCGAAGGCCGGAUUGUCAUUGGACUCUUUGGGAAGACUGUUCCCAAGACAGCAGAGAACUUCAGAGCACUUAGCACAGGGGAGAAAGGAAUUGGUGCUUAUGGCGAACCUCUGUGGUACAAGGGAUCCACAUUCCACAGGAUCAUCCCAGGCUUCAUGAUUCAAGGAGGCGAUUUCGUAAACCACAACGGAACGGGCGUUGAUUCCAUCUACGGCAAAGACGUCUGGCCUGACGAGAACUUCAAGCUCAACCACGCCGAAGCUGGUACCGUAUCCAUGGCCAAUUACGGGAAAGAUACAAACGCAGGCCAGUUUGCCAUCACCACUGUAGAAGGAAACCGGUUACCGAAGAAAUUGGAUGGGGUACAUGUUGUGUUCGGCAAGGUGGUGAGUGGAAUGGAUGUGGUCAAGAAGAUUGAAGCUCAAGGCCAGCCGAGUGGUGUGCCCAAGGCCAAAGUCCUCAUAGCUGACAGCGGAGAGCUGCCCGGAUCUGAUGAGCUGUAA